AUGGCAUGUUCCACUUUUGUAAAAGAAACAAUGGAGCGAUGUGGAAUCUGCAACAAAGGUUACACCGAACCAAGAAUGCUGCCAUGCUUUGAUAGUUUUUGUAACAAAUGUUUAAAAAUUUACAUUGAAGAACAUAAACAUAAUGGAAUAUUUCAGUGUCCACUUUGUAACGAGCGAAUAUCCAUCCCGUCCAACGGUGAAUUUGAGCCCAACUUUCAUUUGACGGCGAAACAGUCAGUACUAUCUGCUUUUCAGCGACCCAACUGCGACAUAUGUGAAGAUGUCCAACCAGCCAUCAACCGUUGUAUUGAAUGUGAACAAAAUUUGUGUACGAAGUGUAGCAAAAUCCAUUUAAAGAUAAAAUCAACCCACGAUCAUCAUUUGGCAGACAUGAGCGACCCUGAAGGUAGAGUUUUUCUGACAUCAAAGGCAUUUUGCUUAAAACACCAAAGCGAAGAAAUGAGUUUCUACUGCAAUGAGUGUUACUUACCUAUCUGUAUUCGUUGUCGGUUGACGUCACACAAUACUCACAAUACAUCUGAUCUUGCUGAUGUUGCGGUACAAUCAAGAGACGAACUAAAAUCCCUCUUCAAACUUGCUGAAUCUGGAUUAGUAGACUUAAAAGAGCAACAGAACGAGUUCUCCGUGUACAAAUUAGAGGUUAAGAAGAUUAAGUUUGACAUCACUGAAAGAAUAACAAGUCAAACACAAAGGAUUCACAAACUUGUUGAUCAAGUAUCAAAACAAUUGGCAGGAUUUGUAGAAGACGAAAUUUCUGAGGAAGAUUCAUACAUUGACAAGAAGCUGACCAUGCUGGACAAGGCCAUCAAAUCUAACAAGGCGCGCCUUAAAGUUGCCGAUCAGAUCAUAGAAUGUGGAUCAGACAACGAAAUUGUGCAGGCAAAGGAAGCCCUUAUGACAUGUCUGAAGAAUAUUCCAUUAAAGCCCAACACAAAGUUUCGUCCAAACAAGUUAAACAUUGAAUAUAUUCCGAGUGUGCUCGCUGAUGAAGAUUUAGAAGGUUUAUUUGGGAUGUUGGCAAGCCGCGUUGGGACCCCGGGGUAUAUAUCUUUGCUGGAGGUCAACUCCUUUCGAGUGGAUGAUGCAGAUGAUGUCAUCAAUUCCAUAUGCCCAAUCCAAAACGGUGAGGCUUGGGUAACGUAUGGUUGGACCUCCAAUCUGUACGUUGUGAACAGGGCUGGGGAGAAAGUGAAAACCUUCUCUCUAGGGAGUGAUAUUGAUUUCAUUACUAAAGAUAAGUAUGAAAAUAUUUAUAUAAGCUGCAGAAAUGAGAAAUGCAUAAGAAAGCUAAAUCCAGAAAUGAAUAUCAUUGAAACUGUCUUAUUAGACAGUUAUCCUCGGGGAAUUGCAAUGACGCCACAGGGUCAUCUUGUCGUGUGUUGUCCCCAAUCAAAAACCUAUUUUGAAUAUGUCAGCUCUCAUGUAAACACUGUUUCCGUUUUAUCUUACGAUGGUGAUAAGGUAACAGUCUUCGGAGAAAGGGGAGACAUGUUUCUUUAUCCAAUACGAGUAGCCAUCAGUGAAAGUGGAGAUUUCAUUGUCUCUGAUAAUUUAAACCACAGUGUUAUUAUAUUCAACAACACAGGUAAAAUACAUGCCAUUUACUAUGGCCAGCAAGAACCUACUGGACACUCCGCUACACGACCAAUCAGCACGUCAACAGGACAUUCAACAUACUUGAUCGCUGAUGACUCCAAGUCCAGAGGUCCCCUGUCAGCUCUGCAGAGAUCUACAAUCAGAACAGCCACUGCUCAAAGCAGAGAGUCAGGACUAGGAUCAGCAUCCAUGAUGCGCCCUUUUGACCCACGUGGCAUAACGUAUGACAGCUUUGGUCACGUGAUUGUUACUGACUAUUCGAGUAAUUCUAUUCAUUUAUUAGAUCACUCUGGUCGUUUUCUACGAUUAUUGCUUUCUGAAAAGGACGGAAUAUUUGCUCCAACCUCGGUUGCCGUGGAUGAAAACGGUUAUUUGUGGAUUGGUGGUGGGAAUGCUACUAUUAAAGUGUAUAGUUAUAUCAAAGCGUAA